CGAAAUCAUAAACCAGGAAGUAAUUAUCCCAUUUAACAGAAACGUUAGCAGGUCGAGUUUGGUGAAAUUUGUCAUACGAAAAGUAUUUCAAAAGGUCACAUGUACGAAUCUUAACUCCACUUGAAUUACAAUCGAACAGAUAAGAUGAUACUUUAAACUCAGUGGAAAAUUGUAAAGACAUGUUUUAACACACUUCAUGGAGUUUUCAAUUAGCAGAUAAUCUACUGAAAUAGAAUGGCCGUACCGGGAAGAAAGUCUAAAGGUUCACAUUUACUUGUUGCUGCGUUUGAUUUCGGAACAACAUACAGCGGAUAUGCCUUUUCGUUUCUCAACGAUCCACUUAAAAUAGUAACCAAUCAGAGUUGGAUAGCGGGCUCGGAGAAGCUGAUUUCAUUAAAGACUCCAACUUGUGUAUUGCUCAAACCAAACAAGGAGUUCCAUUCAUUUGGUUUCGAAGCCGAAAACAAAUAUGCCGACCUUGCAGAAGACGAUGAACAUCAUGGGUGGUUACUUUUCAGAAGAUUUAAAAUGAAGCUGCAUAAUACUGAUGGUUUAUCGAGACACACUACUAUAGAAGACAUCAAUGGGACGUCAAUGCCAGCGAUGAAGAUAUUUAGUAUGUCGUUACGGUUCCUGCGGGAACAUUUCCUGGAUGCCCUGGGGAAGCAGACCUGUGGUGUGCUGGAGAAGGAUGUACAGUACGUUAUCACACUGCCUGCUAUAUGGAACGAUAGCGCCAAACAGUUUAUGAGGGAAGCUGCAAUACAGUCUGGAAUGGAAAGCAGUAGAAUAAAAUUAGCAUUAGAGCCGGAAGCAGCAUCGAUAUGGUGCCAGCAAGUUACAACACAGGCAAAACAAGUUCUAACCGGAACUGGAAGUAAAUACAUGGUUAUAGAUCUUGGAGGAGGGACCGCUGAUAUAUCUGUACAUGAAAAGCUGUGUAAUGGCCAACUCAAAGAACUACACAAAGCAAGUGGAGGACCAUGGGGCGGGAGUUAUGUUGACAAGAAUUAUAUCAAAUGCGUAACAGAUAUCUUCGGGACAGAAAGUAUAGAAAAAUUUAAACUGGAACAAAUGGCUGACUUCUUUGAUAUUCAAAGAGAAUUUGAGACAAAGAAGAGAGGGAUAAAAGGCGAUACCGAAGGCAAAAUUACGUUCAAGAUUUCUGCAUCGUUGAAGGAAAUUUACAAUGAAUCUGAAAAAGAAAGCCUGACAGAUAAGUUAUCAUCUCUUGGUUUGAGUGGCAAAAUGUCAGUUACUGGGGAUAAACUCAGGGUUGACAAUUCGAUCGUGAAAAGUUGGUUUGAUGGCCCCGUUAACAGUAUGAUUGGUCAUGUCAAAGGAAUACUCGCAGAGCCGAAGAUGAAGGAUGUAAAGUUGAUGUUGUUAGUAGGUGGUUUUGGGGAGAGUCAUUACGUACAAGAUAGGAUGAAGAAUGAAUUUGGCAGUAAGCAUGUCAUCAUUCCCGAAGAAGCAGGUCUCGGGGUUUUGAAAGGCGCAUGA